UAAAGGCCGCAGAUGAUGGCACCUGGCAGUUAUUUCUUGUUUUGCCGUUACCUUUCGUUGAUGAGGAUGUGCUUCGUGUCCACAGACAGAUGAACUGAGAGGGAGAAUGGUAGGCCACGCUGCAACUUCAUGGUGGCAUUUCGGCAGCCUGAGAUCAACUUUAUCAGCUAUUCACUGAUCAACAUAUUUCGAUCCUCGUUCUGAGUCUCUUCCGCCAGACAGUAAUACGAUUGUAAUCAAAAUCAUGAUAUAUGCGAGGACGUUUGGUCGUGGACAAGGCUGGUUCACAUCUUUAUCCUCCUCAUCCAUCCCUACAUUUAGCCCUCGGAGGAAAAUAGAGAUCAAGGUGAGCGAAGUGACUUCCUCUGAUUCAAAUGCAAAGAAAGCAAAUUUAUAUGCCGCAAAAAAGGAAAGAGUGAAGCUUCCAACGUAUAGCGGUGGUCUGCAAGGGCCAGGGUACCACUUUAGUGACUUUAUAAGGCACCCCAGUGGAAUUGAAGCAAUGUUGAACACAAGGGCCUUGGAAUCUUGUGAAUGUCUUGACGCUAACACUUACAGGUGCGCUUUGCCUAAACUUCAACUUCUGAAAUUUGAAGCUGUUCCUUUGCUGGAUCUGCGGGUAACGCCAACAAAUAAAGAUUGUGUUGUGGAGAUGCUAUCUUGUAAGUUUGAGGGUUCAGAAGUUGUGGAGCGACAAAACGACCACUUCUCAGCAUUCAUGAUAAAUCACAUGACAUGGGGGGUGGAUGAUGCUGAAUCAUUUCUAGAAGUUGAUGUUAAGUUGAAUAUCACUCUUGAGGUCGUCCUUAUCCUGAUGAAAGAUAUACUAAUUUACACGCGUCCAUUUACCAUGUUGCCUAAAGCAGCUGUUGAGCGUCCUGGAACUCUAAUGAUGCAAGCAUUGGUGGACCAGCUCGUGCCAUUGCUAAUUCAGCAGCUGCUACAAGAUUAUGAAGAAUGGGUUCAAGAGCAAAUGAAAAAUAUCCCAUAAAUGAGGGUCCUGAUCCCAUGAUAAACUGGGCAAGUCACCACAGAUCCACAAUCACCAAAAGGUACAAUUCUAUCACUUGACUACAAAAACGUCACAUUCGGCUUCGCCGUAGGUCCAUCUCAUUCACCUCCUGCUUUGAUACUUGUUCCUCCUCAUUGAUCAACUCAUUAGCCCAAAAAACAGAGAAUAUCACAUUUAUCAACCUGGAUUGAAUACCCAAGUAAAAUUGAAAUGUGCUUGUAACGCCAAAGAAAGAAAUGUCCCUGAAUGAAUAUGAUUGUUGAAUACACUUUAUAAAAUGUCUCCUCGGAACCAACGAGGUUGGUUUUGGCCAAAAAGAAAAAAGAACCAACGAGGUUGAUCACCGAUUUUUUUCAACACUUAAAUCUGUAUUUAUCAGUAGCUGAUUUCGAUAUUUUCUUCUCAUACUUGGAAUUGCCAAACAAAACCUACCGGAAACAAAUGUAACACGUCCAAAGUCGGAGUGUCUUAUUGCUGAAUCAGCCAAGAUAGUUUUGGAUAUUUAAGAAAGACAUCCUUUUUUGGAUAUUUAGGAAAGGCAUCCUUGAGUCAAGACAUUAGACACUUGUAUAUAUGAUUUGGGCUCUGGUGAGAUUAGCAAUAGCUGUUUCCAAUAUGAGCCCACACAUUUUCCGGGGCUAAGGGUCUGCAAUGACGUCCAAGUCCUCCAUGAAGAGUUGCCGGUAAAUGGUCUAGUUGGUAAUGAUGUGAUUCAUAAUCUUUGAAUCAAAUUCUAUUCUCAAUAUGAGGAUUGUGUUGGAGGGCAAUUUGUAAAUUCUUUUGUAGAUGUUUAUUAAGUCUAGAGACAUGCCUGGUAAGCUCUCGAAAUUUUACUUACCUAAUUUUUUUAUAUAUAUAAAAAAAGGCCUACUUAAAUAGUUGAAGCUUGGUUUGGUGAUCGGUACUCUGGUUUGGUGAAAUAAAUAAAAAAUAAGAGAAUUUAAGUAUAAAAAAUAGAUUUUGUUUAAUGUAAUAACUACUUUAUUUUUUAUUAUUUUUAUAUUUUUCAAAAAGUUAUCAGGUCGUUUUUCACCUUGACUUUAUUUUCUUUUUAUUUUUAUAUCCAACUUUCUAUUAUUCUAAACUAAAAGCAGUACUCAUACUUGUCAAGUUUAUUUUUUAUCGAACAAAUGUUAUAGGAAGUAAAACAUGUAAAAGAUACGACAAAACUUCCAAUUGCGGUCAAAUCAUUAAUAUCAACAUUAUUAAUAUACUUAUAGAUUUAAAGGAGCACCAUGUCCAAAGCCUAAACGGUAUGUUUUUUUUUUUUUUUUGGAAUUCCAAAUAGGUGCACAAGGAUACAAGAAAGAAAUAAAAUUAAAAAUAAGUGAAAAAAAGGUUAUGUAUACUUCAGAUUAUCUCUUUGAUGGAAAAACAAAUAUAUAUAUAUAUAUAUAUAUACCUACCUUGUAAAUAUCCGUUGCAUAGCAUAGUGACAAAGAAUCACAUCACAAAACGUGUUUUCUCCCCUUCCUUAUUUUUUUUUAUAUCUAUCCAAUUCCAUCUACAUAUAUUUGCUAGAUGCGAGAAAUAUAAAUCAAUAAUUCUUUUUUUAACUUUGCUGCUUCUUUUUAUAAAAAGUCAAAUUUAUUAAACAAGGAAACGAUUAAAGUAAUAAAAAGGCCCAAGCGGAAUUUACUUUGCCUGGGCUGAAUUUGGAAAUCCUGGCCGGGCCCAUAUUGCCCUUGACCACAGGAUUAAGACCCGUUUACCCAGAAGCUCUACGCUGAAACCGGCAGAUCCGGAGUUGCUCCUACUUGUAGCCUAACACUCUUAACAGACACGGCAAAUCGAAGUCAGUGGAAACCCUAACAGUAACCCUGCAUUUCUGUGUUUUCGCCGCACCUCACUUCUCUGUGAGGGAGGUGAUUCUUGAACUCGAGCUUCAGCAUGUAACCUCAAUUUGAUUUCGUUUUUUGACGUUGCUCUUUUUAUGUUGUCAUUAAUUAAUGGCAACUGAAAACAGUUGGCGAAAAUGACGCUCGAAGAGUGGUGUGUCUCGGAGUGAGUUCAAUGAUGUCAGAUACACCUUCUUGAUUUCAAUGUCUCCUAUUGGAGCUUCGAUCUCGUUGUUGUUCCUUGUGUUCGUCUUUAUAUUUUCAUACGCUUUCUCCUCUCUCUUUUUUUAAUUUUUUUUUGGACCAUUUUUUAACAGGAAAUGGUAGUUUGAUGAACAUGAAAAUUGUGAUCUGUCGUACAAUAUGUUAGUCGUGCUUGGAAAUGAGCGGAAGAUUGUAGUGUUUAGUAAUUUCACUAACUUGUAAAUCGAUGUGGAUGCUAUGUGUUACAGCAGGAGUUAUGUUUGUAUUUUUGAAGGUGGCCAAUUAGCCAUUCACACGGCAGCUUUGGAGUUGCCUUUCUGUGUGUGAAUGGUCAGUAAGCUCACCUAGAACAAGUCUUGUUUGAUUGACCAUUACAGUGAAGCUGCUCCUCUGUGAGCCUGUAAGAUUUCAUUGAUUGCGUCUGUCAAACUACAUACCCCAAGUUCCUGAAUCCUGACGCAUGUAACAAGUUAGCACUUCCUAGUUUUGCCUGUCUUUGUUUGUUUUGUAUCAAUUAAUGUGUAGCAGUGUUUGACAAUGUGCUAGCAAAAUUGCCGUUGUGAUGGCUGUUUAACCGCAUUAGACUGCAAUUGUGGUCUGCAAUGACUACAAUUAUGGGCAAUUACCCACAAUCAGGAUACAGCUGUUACAAAUCAUGCUUGGUAGCUCGUUAGCUAGUCACAUAUUACCUCAACUUGUGUGAUUGGCAGUUAAGCUACCUUGAUUGACCAGUUGCUGCUUGCUGGCAACUAACGGUGAAGCAGAGAUUGGGGAUUCUUGCCCCUGCUACCACCAACUAUAUAGGCUGUACAUUUUGUUUAAGACCAACUAAUAGAAAAAAGUCAUCAUAAUAAAUUGGAUACCAAUGUUUAACAAGAAAAUUUAAGAAGUCGAGCAUUUUUCACAUGACAAUGUUAUUGAAAAUCUUGGUGAAAAUUUUAGGUGAGAGGAGUAUUUUUUUAGGAUGAAGUGAGGAAAGAUUAUACAUUCGUCCUGCCAUAUUUUAAAGAGUAUGGGGAUUAUGUAGCCUGCCUGUAGUGCAUUAGAUGUUUUCUCUUCACUAUUAUGGUGGCCAAUGAGCCAGUCUUGCAGCAGUGGCUAGGUGCUGCCAUUAUACAUUGGUUAGUUAGAUUACCUAAAGCAGUGGUUCGAUGUUUCCAUAUACAGUCCAAUGUUGCAACUUGUGAAAUAUGUUACUAUGCCUGUUUUUACAGUACAAACACAUGAACAGGGGUGAAGUAGCCGACUGGUUGCGGGAAUUUAUGCAGAAGGGAUUGAAAGGAAAGCAUUGAAUUGCGUCGUAGUGGUAUGAAAGCUUUCUUGUAAAUAGAAAGUAUUGGGUUUGAUCGUGGCUUAUAACUCAAUGUCAUUAGCAUCUACCCCUCUAGGAUAUUGUUGAUGAUGCAUGGUUUUUGUGCUGUAGAAAUUAGAAGUUAUCUAUUCAACAUGUCAAUAGAAGCUCCAAAACUUA